GUAAAUAUUAUGAUGUCUGUGUGAUUCAAGCCAUAUUCAUUCAUUUUCAAUUUGAAUGCCAAAGUGCAGAAGGACAAUGUAGAUGUCUACAGCAAGGCAACAAAUUUGGCUGGUGUUACAAUAACUACAGUAUUAAUAUUUCAUUACAAUAAAACCUUUUUUCCUUAAGUUGAUGUGUUGGAAGCAGAAAAAAAGGGAAAGCAGGAAUAUUAAGUAACUAUGUAGUUUAAACUGAUGAAAAAGUAAAUGCUGGUUGUGAUAGAAGGGUGUCAAAAGCACAGUGCAUCACUGUUAUGGAGGCAAACUGGGAGACCUUCUCAGGCAGGUGGUCAUAAUGGUACGGCUGAUGGUGUAGAUCACCAGAGUCACCUGGGCACCCAGCUGCAGCUCCUCCUGACACCAUGGCUCAUAUAGGAAGAUUGUCAACCAAAGGCUCAGUGCUCUUGCUGUGUGACAUGCAAGAGAAGUUCAGACCAACGAUUUUCCAGUUCUCCAAUAUUGUGGGUAAUGCAGCGAGACUUCUACAGGCUUGUCGGAUCCUGGGUAUUCCCCCAAUCUUGACUGAGCAGUACCCCAAAGGCUUGGGUCCAACCGUGCCUGAAUUGGGUGCAGAUGACCUGAAGCCUCACACUAAAACCAGCUUCUCCAUGCUAACAGAGAGCAUGGAGAGUGAGCUGAAAAGCCUAGGGAACCCGAAAAAGGCCAUCCUAUGUGGCAUUGAGGCCCAAGCAUGCAUUGCUUGUACAACAUACGAUCUCCUGGAUAGAGGUAUGGAGGUACAUAUCGUCGCAGACGCCGUCUCAGCCCGGAGUCAGACAGAUCGGCUGUUUGCUCUCUCACGUCUAAAGCAGAGUGGAGCAUUUCUCACCACCACAGAGGCCGUCAUGCUGCAACUGGUGCAGGAUGCCAAGCAUCCCAACUUUAAGGAGAUCCAGAAGCUUCUAGCACAUCCUUCUCCAGAUACAGGUCUCCUUAACUUCUUCAGCUCCUUGUAGGAGAAGCACAAUGCACCAUGAACAGCUGUCUCUGGACAUCGAAUCAUAUUCAUAAUUUCAUUUAAAGUGAUUAGCUUACAAGUGUAAUAUACUGAUUAUUUUCUUCUUCCGAUCUUUCUCUUAUGAGUUAGAGAAAGUUCUGUAUAUGGUUUGUGCAUUGUUAUUCAUGCAUGAAUAAACUGAAUGUGGUACAGAAA